GCGAUUCCUUCCCCGCUCGCCCCUCCUCGCCUCCAUAAAUAGCCCCCUCCUCCUCCUCGCCUCUCACCCCAUAUCAUCUCCCGUUCCGAGAACCGUGAACGCAACCCGACCCAGAUCCUUCUCGCGAGCAUCGUCGAUCCCUCCUCCGCGUCAAGAUGCAGAUCUUCGUUAAGACCCUCACCGGCAAGACCAUCACCCUCGAGGUUGAGUCCUCAGACACCAUUGACAACGUCAAGGCCAAGAUCCAGGACAAGGAGGGCAUUCCCCCGGACCAGCAGCGGCUCAUCUUCGCCGGCAAGCAGCUCGAGGACGGGCGCACCCUUGCUGACUACAACAUCCAGAAGGAGUCCACCCUCCAUCUUGUCCUUCGCCUCAGGGGAGGCAUGCAGAUCUUUGUCAAGACCUUGACCGGCAAGACCAUCACCCUUGAGGUCGAGUCUUCUGACACCAUAGACAAUGUCAAGGCCAAGAUCCAGGACAAGGAGGGCAUCCCCCCAGACCAGCAGCGUCUCAUCUUCGCCGGCAAGCAGCUUGAGGAUGGUCGCACCCUUGCUGACUACAACAUCCAGAAGGAGAGCACCCUCCACCUGGUGCUCCGCCUGAGGGGUGGGAUGCAGAUCUUCGUGAAGACCCUCACUGGCAAGACCAUCACCCUGGAGGUUGAGAGCUCUGACACCAUUGACAAUGUGAAGGCCAAGAUCCAGGACAAGGAGGGCAUCCCCCCAGACCAGCAGCGUCUCAUCUUCGCGGGCAAGCAGCUUGAGGAUGGUCGCACCCUUGCUGACUACAACAUCCAGAAGGAGAGCACCCUCCACCUGGUGCUCCGCCUGAGGGGUGGGAUGCAGAUCUUUGUGAAGACCCUCACUGGCAAGACCAUCACCCUGGAGGUUGAGAGCUCUGACACCAUUGACAAUGUCAAGGCCAAGAUCCAGGACAAGGAGGGCAUCCCCCCAGACCAGCAGCGCCUCAUCUUCGCCGGCAAGCAGCUUGAGGAUGGACGCACCCUUGCAGACUACAACAUCCAGAAGGAGAGCACCCUCCACCUGGUGCUUCGACUGAGGGGUGGGAUGCAGAUCUUCGUGAAGACUUUGACUGGCAAGACCAUCACCCUGGAGGUUGAGAGCUCUGACACCAUUGACAAUGUGAAAGCUAAGAUCCAGGACAAGGAGGGCAUCCCUCCGGACCAGCAGCGUCUCAUCUUUGCUGGCAAGCAGCUGGAGGAUGGCCGCACCCUUGCUGACUACAACAUCCAGAAGGAAUCCACCCUCCACUUGGUGCUGCGCCUGAGGGGUGGGAUGCAGAUCUUUGUGAAGACUUUAACUGGCAAGACCAUCACCCUGGAGGUUGAGAGCUCUGACACCAUUGAUAAUGUCAAGGCCAAGAUCCAGGACAAGGAGGGAAUUCCCCCAGACCAGCAGCGUCUGAUCUUUGCUGGCAAGCAGCUGGAGGAUGGCCGCACCCUUGCUGACUACAACAUCCAGAAGGAGUCCACCCUCCACCUGGUACUUCGCCUUCGUGGUGGUCAGUAAAUCGUCGAUGAUUGUCGGAGCUGCUGCUGUACCUGGGUCGUCUGGUGCCUCUGGUGUCAUCUAUGAAGGAAGUUUCUGUGUAGUUUGUGUCGUACCUGUGUUUGGUUUAAUGGACCGUUUGAGUCCCUAUGUGUUUUACCCGAAACAGUUGCUGAGGUGCAGCAGUAUGGCCUAAGCAUGAAUAAGUGUCGUUUGAACAUAAAA